GCGUACACAAGUCAUUGUAAUCCUGCAAUAAAGAAAAUACGUGAAGAAGACUCAAAUAAUCGCAUAUCUUCUCAUUAAACAGUGGUUAUAUGAGGAUAUGAAAUUUCUUGAUCCUUAUAUUGCACAGAGAAGAGGAGAAUCUUCUAUAACAGAAAAAUUUCCUAAGCAUGAAUCGGAAUGUUCAACAAUAAACGAAUUAAUAAAUGAAGAUGAUACGGACAAUUUACAGCUAUUGGAUGUACAUAAUGUUGUAAAAGAUAAAGAAUAUGAUAAAGAAAAUAUCUGUGAAAAUAUUCAUUCAUCCUCUUCAAUGAGUAGUAUCUCAUCACAAUCACGUACUGCAACAUUCGCUAAAAGAAAAAAAUCUGAAAUAGCAAAAACUAAUUCCUUUGAUGUUACAAACAAUUUUUGGUCAAAGGCUUCAACUGCAAUUGAAUCGAUAAGUCAAAAUAAAGAAGCAGAAGACGGCUUGAAACAUUGGAUUUUAUAUGUAGAGGACGAGUUACGUAAGAUUAAAAAUUUGAAAAAAUUAAAAGGGAUGAUACGUUAUAAAGUACAAGCCGGUACUCUUGUUGCAAAUUCCAUGCUGCAAAAAGAUUCUCCAGUAGCUAAGAAUCUUAGAGUCAAGGAUAGUCUUUGAAUUGGCGGAAUGCACUUUCGCAUAACUGUAUCUUGUCUUUGAAUAAAUGGAGAAACUUUAACCAACAAAUUACUGAAUAAUUUCAAAUCCAUUCUGAAGAAUCUACAAAAAGAUUCUAUAUCUUCAUUGACAAGUUCAUUGAGUGCUAAGUGAACAGAUCCUCUUAAUUCGAAUUCUCUUCGUAUAAUCCAUUCUCUUGUCCACCACCUCCGUUGUCGAUAUCGUAAUUGUUGCAGUUCUUGUUCUUCUUGUUGUUCUACAUACACAGCAAAAGCUGCAAGAGUCAGCAACCUUUUUA